AUGCCCGACAAGAAGAUCGACUACGACCUCGAAUCGACCACCUCGCGCUCCUCGACAGUCCAGAGCGCCCUCCCAGUCCUCAAGUCCCGCACACACUACGCAUCAGGAGCGAACCUGCGCCGCAUGUCUACGAUCGAAAGCGUUCGUGCGACCACUCGCGCUCAGCAGCAGAAGGCGCGCGUGAUUGGGGACUUCCGAACUCUCUCCAUCCACGUCACCGAGAGUCGCGCCGAACCAAAGCUCGUCGAGAAGGCCAAGCGCAAGGCGAGCAAGGAUAUCGACGACAUCGCGACCCUCGACUGGCACAAGCUCUCCAUCGAUGAGCUCUGCCAGCGACUCGGUGUCGCGCCAAAGUCCGGACUCGACAAGAUGAUGGCGGCGAAGCGACUCGCGAAGGACGGCAGGAACGUCUUGUCGCCGCCCAGGACGAACUGGUUCGCAAAGAUCUUCUGGUACUUCUUCGGCGGGUUCGGCACGCUCCUCUUCGUCAGCUCGAUCCUCUGCUUCAUCGCCUGGAAACCGCUCGGCGAACCCAAUCCAUCGACCGCCAACCUCGCCCUCGCCGUCGUCCUUCUCAUCGUCGUUCUGCUGCAGGCGGUCUUCAAUGCCUGGCAGGACUUCACGACGAGUCGGACGAUGGCUGCCAUCGCCGGUGUCCUCCCUACCUCGAUUCUGUGCCGUCGCGAGGGCGAGACGAAGGAGUUACCCGCCUCCGAGCUCGUCAUGGGCGACAUCGUCUUGCUCCAGCUCGGCGCGAAAGUUCCGGCCGACAUCCGCCUCAUCGAAGUGUCCUCGGACCUCAAGUUCGACCGCUCGAUUCUGACCGGCGAAUCACUCGCUGUCGGUGCGACACUUGACUCGACGGACGAGAACUUCAUGGAGACGCGGAACGUCGCCUUGCAGGGCACGCUUUGUACUGAGGGAUCUGGGGUCGGUGUCGUCGUUGGACGUGGGAACGACACCAUCUUCGGCCGAAUCGCCAAGGCCGCCGUCGCCGGUCUCGCCUUGUCUGUCGUCGCCAUCAUCGUCGUCUUCUGGGCCGCCUUCUUGCGUCGCCGUCAUCCCGACUUCAUCAACGUACCGACCUUGAUUGUCGACUGCGUCUCGGUCGCUGUUGCGUUCAUCCCGGAAGGCCUUCCUUUUUGCGUCACGAUGUCCCUGACGGUCAUCAUGAAGCGCAAGGGCGUACUCUGCAAGUCGCUCGCAACGGUGGAGUCGCUCGGAAGCGUCUCGCUCAUCUGCUCCGACAAGACCGGCACGCUCACGCAGAACAAGAUGGCCGUCGCGAACGUCCUCGUUGGUGACAUCGCCUACAACGCUGGAGAGGCGUUCAAAGUCGCGCUCAAACCGACCGAUCCCGUCCACUCCGCCCUCAACCAGCUCAUCUCCGUCGCCGCCGUCUGCAACGACGCGACGUUCGUCGGCAAGGAGGACGAAAACAUGCCGUCGCAGGACAGGAAGGUCGUUGGCGACGCUACCGACACUGGCCUCCUCCGCUUUGCCGCCUCAAUCGCCUCUGUCAACGAGCUCCGCAGCACUGUCACCGAAGUCGGCAAGCUCGCCUUCAAUUCGCGCAACAAGUUCGCUCUCAAGCUCGUCUCGAAGCGCACCACCUCGACCGCGGUCCUCACGGGACUCACCGACGGACUCGAGUCUCGCGAGCAGCUCCUCCUCGCCAAAGGCGCUCCCGAUGUUCUCAUGCCCCGCUGCACCUCAAUCCUCCAGGCCGACGGUACUACCCUUCCGCUCACCGACGAGGCACAGGAGUCGCUCUCGGCCGUCCAGAAGCGCUUCGCCUCGCUCGGACAGCGAGUCCUCCUCUUCGCCAAGCGCUCCGUCUCGAGCAAGUCCACGUCGAACAUGGUCGGCACGGACGAGGAAAAGAUGAUUGCGCUCGUCGAGGACCUCACUGUCGUCGGUCUCGUCGCACUCGCCGAUCCUCCGAAGCAUGAUUCGAGGGAGACGGUGGAGAGAUGCCGCGCGGCCGGCAUCCGUUUCUUCAUGGUCACGGGCGACUUUGCGCUCACCGCUGCUGCCAUCGCCCGCCAAGUCGGCAUCAUCACCUGCCCGCCUCAUCUCGUCAAGGGCUUCAACGACCUCUCUCCUCACGACGGUUCUGCAUCAACGAGCGUCGUCAGUCGAGACAAGCUCGAGCAUGAAGAUAUGGCCUCGACGACCGCUCUCGUCCUUUCGGGCGCAGACUUGCUCAAGCUUUCGGAGGAACAGUGGGCGCAGGUUUUCGACGAGAUCGUCUUCGCCCGCACGAGUCCGCAGCAGAAGCUUCAGAUCGUGAAGCGCUUCCAGGACGAUGGCUGUACGGUUGGGUGUACCGGUGAUGGGACAAACGACAGUCCGGCGCUCAAGCAAGCGGACGUGGGCGUUGCCGUCGCGGGCGGUUCCGGCGUCGCAAUGGAGGCGGCCGACCUGGUCCUCCUCGACGACUUCAGCGCCAUUGUCACGGGUAUCGAGUCGGGCCGCCUCUGCUUUGAGAACCUCAAGAAGAGCAUCCUCUACCUCCUGCCGGCUGGGUCGUUCUCCGAGCUUACGCCCGUCAUCUUGAACGUCUUCUUCGGCUUGCCCCAGGCCUUGUCGUCCAUCCAGAUGAUCCUCAUCUGCGCCAUCACCGACGUUCUUCCGGGCAUCAGCCUCUGUUACGAGAAGCCAGAGGCAGAUCUCCUGCUCCGCCCGCCUCGCCGGCCCAAGCAGGACCACCUCGCCGACCCGCGUCUCAUCAUCCAUGCCUACGCCUUCCUCGGCAUGCUCGAAUCCCUCACGUCGAUGGUCGCCGCGUUCUACUUCGGCUUCCAGCGACAUGGCAUUCCUUUCAGCGCGCUUUGGCUUCAAUACGGAAACUAUGCGGUCGACGCCGAUGUUCUUGCGGAGGCGACGAACCGCGCCCAGUCGCUCUAUUUCUUCAACCUCGUGAUCUGCCAGUGGUUCAACCUCCUCUCAACUCGCACUCGCCGUCGUUCGCUCUUCCAGCAGGAUCCGCUCUUCCACCCUCACACUCGCAACCUCCGCCUCUUCCCCGCCAUGCUACUCGCGCUCGUCCUCGGCAUCUUCUUCUCGUACCCCAAAUUCUUCCAGGACGUCUUCCUCACCCGCGCCAUCCCCGCCCAAUACUUCUUCCUACCGGAGGCGUACGGCCUCUGCAUCCUCGGCAUGGACGAGGCGAGGAAGUUGGCCGUGAGGAGGUGGCCCGACGGGUUCUUUGCGAAGACUGCGUGGUAG